AUGCUCAUCCUCAACGAGCUCGGCAAACACCGCGACAAAGAGACAGGAAAAUUCAACCUCGAUGCCUUCAAAAUCAUUUACAUCGCCCCGAUAAAGGCGCUGGUGCAGGAGAUGGUCGGCAACUUCUCGUCCAGGCUGAAGGUUUUCGGCAUCACCAGACUCAAAUUAUCGUCACGACGCCCGAAAAGUGGGACGUCAUUACACGGAAGAGCACAGACAGGUUACACAAAUCUCGUGCGACUAAUCAUCAUCGACGAAAUUCAUCUGCUGCACGAUGAACGAGGGCCUGUUUUGGAGAGCAUCAUUGCUCGAACUAUUCGACGGAUGGAGCAGACAACUGAGUACGUCCGCCUUGUGGGGUUGUCUGCCACUCCUCCCAAUUAUCAGGAUGUCGCCACCUUCCUGCGUGUCGACGACAAGAAGGGUCUUUUCUACUUUGAUUCGACCUACAGGCCUUGUGGGCUGCAACAACAGUUCAUUGGUGUCACAGAGAAGAAGGCAAUCAAGCGAUACCAGAUCACCAACGAGGUCUGCUACGAGAAGGUGCUGGAUCAAGCGGGUAAGAACCAAACCCUGGUCUUCGUGCACUCUCGCAAAGAAAUCGCAAAGACAGCCAAGUUUUUGCGCGAUAUGGCCGUCGAGAAGGAAACGAUUACCCAAUUUGUCAAGCCUAACGCUGCCGUCCGCGAAAUUCUAGCCGAGGAGGCAAACAACGUCAAGGACAGCAAUUUGCGCGACCUUCUUCCUUUCGGUUUCGGUUUUCAUCUGGAAUGUCUCGUCCUUGUUUGUACUGCAACACUCGCUUGGGGAGUCAACUUGCCGGCGCAUACUGUCAUCAUCAAGGGCACCCAAAUAUACAACCACGAGAAAGGGCGUUGGGUCGAACUCUCUUCUCAAGACCACUCCGAGCUGCAAUAUUACCUGAGUCUGUUGAAUCAGCAGCUCCCGAUCGAGUCGCAAUUCGUGUCUAAACUGGCCGACAACCUCAAUGCAGAAAUAGUCCUCGGAACGAUCAGAAACCAAGACAAAGCUGUCCAGUGGAUCGGCUACACCUAUCUGUAUGUUCGCAUGCUGAAAUCGAGCCGACAUUGUCUAUUCUGCCGCCGUUCUGUUGGAGAAAUGUCAGCUGCUCAAGUACGAACGGUCAUAGGCCGAUUCCAGAGUACUAAGCUUGGUCGUAUCGCGUCGCAUUACUACGUGACCUACAACUCGAUGAUGACCUACAACCACCAUCUGCGGCCAACGAUGUCGACCCUCGAACCUUUCCGUGUCUUCGCGUUGUCAAAUGAAUUCAAGCUUCCUGUUCGACAAGAGGAAAAGCUGGAGCUGGCGCAACUUCUCGAGAGGGUCCCGAUUCCUGUUAACGAGAGCGUCGAAGAGCCUGCUGCGAAGAUCGAUGUUAUCGUACAGGCAUAUUCGCAGUUGAGGUCACUACUAGCAGACGGUAAGCAAGAACGAUCGCUUGUCCUGCGAUACUAA